AUGGAGCUGGGCAAGUUCAUGGAUCGCAUGGAGAAGGAGGGAAUCCUCAACGAUACGGUCGUUGUCAUCUUGGGGGACCAUGGCCAAGCGCCAGAAAUUGACAAGUUUAACGAGCACGAGGAAGCUGUGACGCGUGUGGCUGCCGCGAUCAUUGCCGAAGGUCGACUAGGCGAUGCUGUGGGGCUUGUACUCGACGACGCAGCAGAGCAGUACGAUAUUCUAAAUACUCUCGCGGACAUUACUGGCUUGCCGAUGGGAGGAUUCCCGCAGACUGGCGUUGGACGUUCGCUGAAGCGGAAAAUUCCGUUUGGAGAGCGUGUGGUCUUCAGUAAUGACCCGCUGCGGAAAAUGGCAAUUGUGCGUGGAUAUGAGCGUCUUCGUUAUGAUCUGGUGACGGACUCGAUGAUGCUGCACGACACUGAAGUGGACUUCCACAUGACCAGGGACCUGCUACCUUCUCUCAAGCCGGAAGAACGUGCCGAGUGGGAAACGUUGCGAGAGGAUGGCCGCCGCAUUGCUGCAUACUACAAGAAGAGAUGGGACGAGAAGUGUUUACUUGCUGUCAAGUGCAAGACCUAA